CACCCAACAAGAUCUGCGUACUGUCCCGCGAACGUCCGCCGCAUAUAAGCCGCUCGAUCUGCCAAUAACUGCGCCAAAGUAUUUUCAACUCUCGUCCACUUUCGUGCUGAAAUAUUUCGACUUGCUCGGUAGUAGUAUUCACAACUAGAUCCGAUGAAAUUCCAUCACUUAUUGCAGUUCUUGUGUGUUUGGUUGGCCGUUUUGCUGUCGACGGUGGCCGCCAUCCCAGCUGGACGUCAACGUCGUCAAAUCAGCUUAGCAGCAGCUGCUGUCAGAGGCUGGCCUGUCCAGUACUACCGUCGAGCUUACCUCAGCAGCAGCGACAGCAACCAGCGGCAUCGAGUCCGUUUUCUGAUCCGACCCGACUCCGAAUGGGCCGGUGGAAGGAACUGGUGGACUCGCAAGAGAUUUGAAAACGGACAAUCAUCCGAUAAAGCCAACUUCAUUUUUUACAGUUAAUUAGGCAGAAACCCCAAAAUCUGCCGACUGCUCAUCAUGGACAUGACCCGACUUGAACAGUCAACACUGACGUUCUCUAUUACAUAACUAAUUCUAAUACGGAUAACUUUUUAUUGAAAUAUGACCGACUCAUUUAUUAUUCGGCCGAUGUGUCUUGCAGCCGUGCUGUAAACUGUGCUGUUCCCAUAUCACUCCCAAUUUCCGAUCUAGUAUAUGUUUGUAAUACAUCUGAUAAUCACGGUGUG